AUGCCGACUCUCGCUGUUGCACGCGAUUACCUUUUCAGUCUCAUUGGGAAGAAGUACACGGAGGAGCAGUUUGAGGACAUAUGCUUCGAGUUCGGCGUGGAGCUCGACGACGUCACGAGCGAGCGUGAGAUGUUCCGCCGCGAGCAGGGCGUUACGGCCAGCGCAACGAAGGUGAAGGAGCUCUCCGAUGAGGUCAUCUACAAGAUCGACACGCCCGCCAACAGGUACGACCUGCAGUGCACCGAGGGCAUGGCGGCGGCGCUGAAAGUCUUCCUCGGCCUCAUGCCGGUGCCGUGCUUCGGACUGCUGCACCGCGCCAACCCGCUCUACAAGAUGACGGUGCAGAAGUCCGUGCGCGACGUGCGCGCCUACGUGGUGUGUGCGGUGCUGAAGAACAUCCGCUUCAACGAGCGCAGCUACCGCAGCUUCAUUGACUUCCAGGAGAAGCUGCACUCGGGCCUCGCGCGCCGUCGCACGCUGGCGUCGGUUGGCACGCACGACUUGGACAAGAUCAACCACAACGAAUUCAUCUACACACUUCUGCCGAAGGAGAACAUUCGCUUCGUGCCGCUCAACCAGAAGGGCCGCAUGCUUGACUGCAGCGGCGAUGGCCUCGCAGAAUUCUACAAGGAGGAUCGGAACAUCUCUAAGCAUAUCCCACUCAUAUCUAACCUCGCCCACUACCCUGUUGUGAUGGACGGCAAGUCGCGAAACAUUCUCUCCCUGCCGCCCAUCAUCAACUCCGACCUUUCAUGUAUCAGCCAGGAGACUAAGAACAUCUUUAUUGAGUGCACUGCACCAGACCACUACAAGGCGAGCGUGCUGGUGAACCAAAUCGUGUGCGCCUUCUCUUCGUACUGCGAGGAGCCUUUCACGGUGGAGGCGGUGCAGGUCGACUAUGAGGAGGCGGCGCCGGACGGCACCACGUCGGAGGUGACACCAAUCUUAGACCCCGCCGUCGUAUCGGUGCGGGUCCCAAAGGUGGAGAGGCUUAUCGGCAUCAAGCUCGACUCGCCGCAGCAGUGCGGCAAGCUGCUCGAGCGCAUGUUGCACCGCGUCCAAAAGGUGGAGAAUGACGUUGUCACAGUUGAGGUGCCGCCCACGCGGCCGGACGUGCUCGGCCCGACGGACCUCAUGGAGGAUGUUGCAAUCGCCUACGGGUACGACAACAUCAAGUACGUCGAGUGCACCACGCGGGGUGAUGUGACGCAGCAACCCGUCAGCAAGCUGGGGCACCUCCUGCGUAUUGAGAUGGCCAACGCCGGCUACACGGAGCUUUUGACGUUCUCACUGUGCUCCCGCGACGACGCGUUCACCCGUCUGAACCGCGAGGACAACGACACGGCCGUCCACAUCGCCAACCCGCAGACGAUGGAGUUUCAGGUGUGCCGCCCUUCGCUGAUGCCAGGCAUUCUCAAGACACUUCAUGCCAACAAGUCACAUCCUCUGCCGCUACGCUUCUUUGAGUGCGCAGAUGUGGUGCUGAUAGACAAUGAGACAAACUUCCCGCCAGCGGUCACACCAGCAUCGGAGUACCCGCGGUGCGGCGCGCGCAACCAGCGCCACGUUGCCGCGCUGCAUUGCUGCAGCGAGUCCAGUGGCUUCGAGGACAUUCACGGUCUUGUUGAGUUCGUCAUGGUGAAACUCGGUGUCCGGCGGAAGGGCGAUGAAUCGGCGGAGGCGGACGGUAACGAAGACACGUACACCCUGGAGAAGGGCGUCGACGGCGCCUUCUUCCCCGGCCGCUGCAUGGACAUAUUCCUCCAACGCAAGGGGCAGAAGAUUCGUCUCGGAAGCUUUGGCGUGGUUCACCCGAACACACUCAAGGCGUAUGACAUUCCGUUCCCCUGCUCGUUCAUGGAGAUGAACAUCCAGUUUGCACUGUAG